AUGGCCGCCUAUCUCGAAGCAUUUCUCGGACGAAUUUUCUACUCCCAACGGGGCCGCGAUGCAAAACUCAUAUCACGUUCCAUCCCCGCCAUUACCAAGCUUCCAGCCACGCUCCUCGUCACAUCACCCCUCGGCCCCUCACCAUCACCUCUCUCACAUUCACACUCCCAACUCGGCGCGAAUGAAUUUCCCCCUCUUUCGUGGUCUCUAAAUUCUCACACGGAUUCUGAGCUCGAGCUCCGCGAUAAAAUAAAAUCGUUUCUUCUCGUGGUCGAGGAUCCUGAUGCGCCGUUACCGAGUCCGGUUAUUCAUGGUAUCUACUACAAUAUCCCGGCUUCGAAAACAGAGGUUCGCAAGGAGGAUUUUGUGCAGAGUCAGAGUGAUAAUCAGGAUGGUAAUGGUCGGUUGUUGGCUGGUGGCUUUAGUUAUGGAGUUAAUCGGAGGAAGACGAUUUGGGGAGGUCCAAAACCCGUGUUGGGACAUGGUAUGCAUAGGUAUUUUUUUUCAGGUGGUGGGAUUGAGUGA